UCCCCCCAGAGACCUCCUUGAGUGGAGGAGGGUAAGGGGUCACAUGUGAACCUCCUUGAGUGAGGGAAAGAAGGAGUGCUGGUGAGCACCUGGGAACAAGUAUGUGAUUCCCUUGAGUUGGAGGAGCUCCAAACGACUGGAGUGAGGUAAAGAGAAAACCCUCCCAGUAGACAAGAGUUUCUCAAAUGUGUCCAAGAGAGGAUUCUGGGAUUUGUGUCCGCUGAAAGCCAGUGAGGGCUAAAGGAAAGCGUGAGUAAAGUGAACACCACUGUACAGCAGACAAGGAAACAACUGCAGCAGUAAUUUCAUCUCUUCACUCUCCUGAUCCAGAUCCAGUAUGAGCAUGAAGCAUAUUGCUGUGCUGUCUGUCAUUGUUUUGCUAGCAAUACUACAUUGUAUUGCAGGUAGUCUGGAACCAAGAUUACCAGGUGGAAGAUGCAAAUGUUUCAAACAGACAAAUCAGUUCAUAAAACCCAAUAAGCUGACAAGAGUUGAAUUCUUCCCUCCAGGACGAAGCUGCCCACAACUGGAAUGUUUAGUAACCCUGAAGAAUGGAGAAAUUGUGUGUGUCAAUCCACAAGCUGUAUGGCUGCAACGCCUCAUUGCCUAUUUAAAAGAAAAAAGUUCUGCGGCAGACAGUACACCAAUAUGAAUCACAUUCUGGACAAAACCAUCAAGAUCAAUGUUUUUUACUUUUCCCAGACUGUUAAAUUCUAAAUACCUUUUAUAUUACAAUACAAAGCAUAAAAUAAUGCAAAAUCUGUUGGUGUCCCAUAAAAUGGCGAGGAACUCUAUUCCCAUCCCAUGUGAAGCAAUAUAUUGUGUCAAUUCAAAUAAAACGAUCAUGUGAA